AUGUCGGCACCUACUAUGCGGACUACCCUACUGCUCACCGAGCAUUUAGGAUACCCACCGAUCUCGCUCAUUGAUGAUAUCAUAAACGCGGUUAACGAAUUGAUGUACAAGUGUACCCAGGCCAUGGAAAAAUAUCUGUUGGAGCGUCAUGAGAUUGCUGGGAAGGACUAUACAGAUGAAAUCAAAGUCGGAAUCGCGAAGUUGGAGACUUUGUGGGAACACUCUAUAGACCGAAGUUUUGACAAACUAGAAUUGUAUGUCCUGCGAAACGUCUUGCAUAUUCCUCAAGAGUUAAUUGAAAGCGGAUCGUUCAGGCUCCGACACCACGACUCCUUGGUUUUGAAGGAUCCUGCACAGGAGGAACACCUGGUAGGACAACUUGAAAACAAGAUAGAGAGACUUCGUGAGCAACUACUGUUGAGCUCCGAACUGCGUCGACAGAUUCGCGCCACCCAAAAAGUGAUAGCAAGGGUUAAAAACUACAAGCAAUUAGUGGAAUCACUGCUGCAUAAUGAGUCGAGCCUGAGCGAAGAACAGAGAACCAUUCUGAAGUCCCUGUCUCCCGUCAACGAGAGCGUCAAGUUCUUAACCACGCAGAUGCGCCAACUAUACAUCGAGUCCAAUGACGAGUGCUCCAUGGAUCGCGUACGAAGUCUUAGAGACCAACAGCGGACCAUGAGAACCGAUUUUUCGUCACGAUCCGCCUACCUGGCGCACACCACCCAACUGGAACUACAAAAUUUGGUGACACCCUCGCAAGAAGCUCUCAAAGUUGCGAAUGCUUCUAAAGCAACAUUACAAGAAAAUGAAGCAUUACCGCUAGUUCCAUUCACUGAGCUCCCUCUUUCAGAUCCAGAUUGGUCCUCAUUGAAAGAUAGCACGUGA